CGUUGUAACCUGAGAAAGUGAGAAAGUUAUAUAAAAAUAGUCCUAAUGAGAAUUAGUUGGAUUCAAAAACUUGUUAAUAAAUGGCCUGGAAAAAGGGCUUUUGGGAUUUAUAGGUUUCUCCCUAUUUUUUUCUUACUUGGUGCUAGUUUGGAAUUUUCUAUGAUAAACUGGAAAGUCGGUGAAGUGAAUUUUUAUAAUACAUUCAAAAAACGCCAAGCUCGAGAUUUAAUUGAAGAAAAAAUUAAAAAAUAUUCAGUUUCAUAAAAUGCCAGCUGGAGUAACUUGGGGACAAU